GCGAGCCUAGAGAACCAAGGAAUAACGACAUAGAUCUAGUUAGUGAACCAUAUUCUUGGGCGGUGAGAGGAGACUACACUUUAUCUCAGCUUCAAAAUCGACUUUUUAAAAAACAAGAAAAGGAGAAGAACCUUUGGGUGAUCAAGAAAAGGAAUACCUCGCUGCAGUGGUGUUAACAGAAGAUAUUUUGAUGACACCAUAUUCUUUAGAGAAGAUACCAUUGUCUCGGCUUAAGCAUGCAUCAGAUUUCGAGAUGUAUACAACCCAACCAUGGGGCAAGGAUGCAUAUAACAUCCUUGCUUCAUGCAUUCAGAAAUUGGAUAUUGCUUCUUUGGCAAAAGGUCAGUAUAGUGUCAAGGGAUUUCCCUUGGCAUUAACAAUAUGGAAUUUGACUAAUGUACCAAUUUUUGGUUCUACCUUUGGGAAAAGGUGUGAUUUUUCCAAAACAUUGUAUCCGCUGUUUCUCAACUGGCACUCAAGUCGAGCUCCAUGGUUUGACGAAAUUGUUGAAGCUAUUAAGACAGCAACUUGUGUUGAAGUCAAAACUAUAAUUGGAGAUCCACAAGAAUAUAAGAAUUUGGUUGAUGAAGAUGACAAUGAUUUUGUAGAAGUUAUUGGCUUGGUUAUGAAAGGCUAUAGAUUGAAGAAAGAAGAAUGGUCUUCUAGAUUAGUUGAUAUUUACUAUGCCAUGGGAGAGUUGGGUGACAAAAUGGGGGAAAAAUUGCCAGUCUCUGAGAAACAUGAGAAAAUAGAGAAAAAUUUGUCAGAUUCUGACAAACUUGACAUAAUCCCCUUCAUGUUAGAAGACUUCAAUAAAAGACUAGAAGCCAUUGAAGAAGCUGUCAAAACCACAUCAGAGAAAGAUAAGGAUAAAGGAGUAAGAUUCCAAGAUCACACAUUUUCCCAUACAUUGGACACUAAACUCUUUAACUGAGCUCCUUUUUUUUCUUCUCCCUUUGUUGUCUCACAAAGAUGAAGAUGGACAAAAUAGAAAUGAAGAGGCUGGCAAACAAAAUGUUGAUGGAGAUAUUGCUAGAGAAGAUGUCGUAGAAAGCCCGUCUGCAGAUUCUGUCCGUCCGUCAAACACACAAGAUGGGAGCUUCGCUGGAGAUGAUGAAAACACCCAAAAAACUGGUGGUGAUGAUGGUAAUUACUUUGAAGAAACACCAAAGGAUAAUUCUCCUUCUCCACGCCCUUCUACACCAAAAUUUGAUCUUCUUUCUCAAGAAGAUCAGAAUAGUGGAAAAGAUAAAAGCAUGGGUAAAGAGAAGGGAGCAAGCAGUAAGAAGAAAGUUUUGAGAGAGAGAGAACAGAGAAAGUCUAAGCAAAGCAAUGAUGGUGAUGAUGAUGUUACAAACAGAAAAGAGAGGAAGAAGCGUAAACCAAGUGACAAUCCUGAUGCUGAUGUUCAAGCUAGAGAAGGGGAAUGUAUCUAACUUAAUAAUUUCUAUGAGUUAUUUAAAUGGUUUUUCAGUGUAUCGAUAUAAAGUGGGAUAUUUUUGUGUUUUGUACAGCCACAGAAAAAGAAGAGAAAAUCUGAUGAUGUUGGUGGUGUGCAAAGAAAAACUGAACAAAAUACAGUUUCUUCUAUUCACACUCAACCGCCUUACACGGCUGAGAAGAAGAAGCACCCAAUUUUUUUAUCCUUUUUCCAAAGUUGAUAAGACCCGGUUAGAAAUAUUUACUGAAUGGAAGAAUUCAAGGAACACAAAGCAACUAACAAUUCUGGGUAACAAAGUUGAUGCUAGGUGGUUCACAACACUAGAGACGCUAGGAAAAUCGUUAACAACAAUGCAUGUUGAUACAAUUGUGAAGUUAUUAAGCAAAAGAGUAGAAAGUCAUCCGGAGUUCUAUAAAAGCAAAGAAUGGACGUUGGCAGGAGUAUCUUUUUUGAGAGAGAUUGAUGAAAAUUACUCCAUAUUUAUUGACAACAAAGAUGAAUAUGAGUUCCCUGAAGAAAAAUUCAGUCAACUCUUCAAGGAAGCACCUACAAACAAAAUAUUGGCACCAAUGAUGGUUAAGGAAAAGAUUUGGAUGUCAUUGAUGAUCAAUUUGGAGAAGAGGAUGUUGACUAUCUAUGAUUUAGGCAAGUCUGUCUACAGUAACAAAAUUAAAGAUAAACAUGUGGGUGCAUAUGCUGUUGCAAUACCGUAUAUUGCCCAGAAGAAAUUUGGGAUGAAAAAUGAUAUAGAGAAAUCUCCAUUCAGAAUUAAUAUCAUGAAUUGCAUACCUCAGGUUGCUAAGAUUGAAGAUAGUGGUGUCGUCAUGCUAAAGACAAUGGAGUGUUUGGUUAUGAGCAUUUCGACAUAUGGCAAUCUUACAGAUGAGUCAAUUGGUGAUUUACGGCAGAAAAUGGCGGUUGACAUCUUUGUAGAAUUAGCAAAUGCCUAGGAUAUGGAAGUUUGCAUCUUGCUGAUAUAUAAACGUGAUUGUAGAAAUGGAGCUUUAGCUUAUUGCAUCAAGAACAAUAAUGAAUGGCAAAGAAAUUUCAAUGUUUAGUUUACAAGUAGAUUUAAAUUUUUUGUGUUUUUACUCUGACACUAUUCUAGAAAAUUU